AUGUCGGUAACAGCACUUUUCAGGGGCAAGUGGGGACAGAAGGCACAAGACAGCCCGGAGAAACGUCGGCAAGCAGGUGUGGUACAGCAGAGCCAGGAGGAGGAUGAUGAUGAUGAAUCCACCACCGGUUUCAGCAGGGAGCCCAUCCGCAGGAACUCGCGUUUUUACCGAUCAAUGAGGAAGAAGAGGAUGGCCUCAACAGACCAACCAGACAAUUCUACCACCCCUGGCAUGGACAACAGUCCAUCCAACAGAGCUGGAGUUUACUCCUCUCCCGCGUUCAAAGAUCAGAAAUCUCCUUUGUUGCCAGGAGCCAGACGAGCAAUGGAGAGGGGUCACAGGUCAAACCCAACAGCCUCAAAAUCAUCAAGAGCAUACGAGUACCGAGACACCUCCAAGCAGCAGGAGAUCGAGCAGCGGCGGCAGCUGGAGAGCCGUUGCCCCGGACACAGGACAGGGACGGGGGCCGCGGACAGCGGUGUGACGUCUCCACCCGCCUUGCAGCUCCAGCUGAGGAACAGCGCUCAGUCGUUAAGCCUGUGGCAAAACCUGGAAGUGGUGCAGGCCAGCGGCCUCCUCAGCCAGUUGUCACAGAACGAAAUCAUAAUGCAAGAGGCCAUGUUUGAGCUGGUUACCUCAGAGGCCUCCUACUACAAAAGCUUGGAGAUUUUGGAGACGCACUUUCUUCGCAACCCCGAUUUAGUCAACACGCUCAGCCAAUCUGACAUGCACUUCUUGUUCUCCAACAUCGAGGAAGUCAUGAAAGUCAGUGAAAGGUUCUUGAUGGAUUUAGAGCACCGCAUUGAGAAAUCGAUUUUGAUUUCCGAUGUGUGUGACAUCGUUUAUAACCACGCAGUAGAGGAGUUUCGUGUCUUCAUCCAGUACGUCAUCAACCAGGUGUACCAGGAAAAGAACUACAGGCGGAUUUUGGAGGAAAACCUAGCAUUUCGGAAUGCCAUGGCUUUACUGGAAAGACAUCCACGGAACAUCCUGAAAAAAGCUGAGGACAAAUCAGAGAGGGAGGCAACUGCCAUUAAAGCGCAUCUGCAACUGGAGCAGAUUGUGAAGGAGUGUAACGAGGGAGUUCGGAAAAUGAGUCGCACAGAGGAGCUCAUCACCAUCGAGAAAACACUGGAAUUUAAAUCCAAGUCGGUGCCCAUCAUUUCACAUUCCCGCUGGCUACUGAAAAAGGGUGAGGUGCAACUCAUGACUGGACCAAAGAGCACAAAGACCAUGCGCAGCCGGAAGCUGCACCAACCGGUCUACCUGUUCCUUUUUAACAAUCUCCUGCUGGUCACCAAGCGCAGUGGGGAGAAGUUCCAGGUUCUGGACUCAUGCACGCGGGCCAUGCUGAGAACCGAGGACCUGGAAAACCAGGGCCAGCAGCUGGCCAAUGUCUUCAACCUGAAGAUGCUGGAGAACCAGGAGGAGCGAACGGUCACCUACAUGAUCAAGACCUCCAACAUGAGUGAGAAACUUCGAUGGAUGUGUGCGCUCACCCCCAACAGGCGCACGCGCUUCAUGUCCACCAGUUCCCAUCAGCCAGACUCUCCCCAGGUGCAGUGCAUUCAGUCGUACUCCGCGCAGGAGCCAGACGAGCUCUCCAUAGAGAUGGCCGACGUUUUGAACCUCCUGGAGCGCACGAAUGACGGUUGGAUGAUGGCCGAGAGGCUCCACGACGGCGAGAGGGGCUGGUUCCCCAGCCGGGUCGUGGAGGAAAUCCAAAGCAAGGAGGUCCGGGCUCAGAACCUGAGAGAGGCCUUCAAGAUCCAGCAAGCCCACGAAGUCGGAGCGGGACCGCAAUCCGCGGCCAGGAUCGGUUUAAGGACUGGAAGGCGUAACCCGAAGGGCACCGUCUACGGCAGCUCUAAGACUGAGCCAAUGGACGACAACGUUGAAUGA